CCGUUCCUAUGCCAUGAGUUCGAGCAAUAGUGGUGAGGAGCGUAGCGCUCCAGCAAAAGCAGAUUCGGCUCCAGUUCGACCAGCUAGCAUCCAAAGAGACCUGGCGCCGAACGCGAGCGUCGACCGCCCUCUAACGAUAUUGCUGGACAAUGGAAUCGCCCUUGACACCACGUUCGCCAUCUGCGAAGCAUACGGCGUGAGUGUUAAUAUGGUCCCUCAACGCCCAUUUUGCCGACAUGAUCACAGUCCCUCAACAGGCUGCUGCGUGGCCUCUUGGCCCAGGCAGAUGAAGACGUCCGCGACGAACUUGACAAGGGUAAUUUCGUUGUCUUGGAUUCCCAAAACGAUACAGUUCAUCCAGAAGACUGGCUGGCAUUCGUCAGAAAGGAGUCCUCACUCUCUGAACCACGAUCCACCGUCGUCAGGAUAUCCUUCCGGUCAGAUCAAAUGCGCGCGAACCAGACGCAGAAGCAUCAGCGGAUCCCGGUUGACGGUGCUGGCGACGACGGUUUCAACCAAGACAGUGUAUUUCAACGAGCCAGUGGCUCCACCAUGACCUCUGUUAACGCCUCCGGCUCAGGGGGGCGUCGACGAGACGAGGAGGCUCCAAAACCUGGUUCAGCUGCUUCCUCCGUUGUUAGACAAACUCAUGGCGGAAUAACCGAUAACGUAGACUCCCCAGAAGGACAUGCCAGUCGCAACGCGAGCCCGCAUCCGGAUCAUCUCUCAUCUAGAUCACGCAGCCCUGCAGCUUCGUUUGCUGUCAGCGAACCCCCUUCUAUAGCUUCGAAGUCAAAAACCGAAGAUGAGUGGGACCGGAUGGAAGAAGACAAUCCCUUUGCUAGGAAUGAGCAUCGUGACUUCCCGCGAUUUGCAUCAUCACCAUUCCCAUCACCCCCACCGCCGCGGCCGCCGCCGCCACAUCCACCACAUGGAGUUCCCGCUGAUACAGGUUCCCCUCUCCACAGAACGGUACCUCCGCUUGAUCAAGCCGGGAACAACCUCUCCUAUCCGGUUGACACCAAGGUUGAGGCAGACAGUAGCCAUUCUCCUAACAGGCCGAACAGCAUGAGGGACAUGACAAUGAGCACCUUCAGUAUUCUCAAAGCUCUACAUACGCGUUCCACCGAGCAGAGAUUGCAGCUCCACGUUGUUACUGGGCCGGAAACGCCGUGGAUCGCGCAGUUUGUCAACAUCCGCUGGUACCAUCUUCAUGGGGAUUGCAUGAACUUCGUACAAUUCCGAGAAGCCUGCCUAGGCGUGCAAGAUAUUUCCGCACGCAUGAAGACACUUAUUUCAAAGACUUUGAAGAAGAUCGAGAAUGAUGAGCUGAAGGUCUUUUCAAGGGGUAGUUAUAUCGAGCCGGGGACUGUCAUUCGAGGCGAGGAGACCGAUCGAGAUGACCCCCAGUCUAUCAUCUUCUCCUGCGUUCCUUAUUUCCAUAUACAGCCCCAAGGUCGUUCCGCUUCAGACAUACAGGAUGAUUUGUACCCCCCUCGGACCUUAAUGGAGACGCUAUAUCCAUACGAGCAUGUGCGAGAAAGGGAUUUGGAGCAAGCAUUCAGGAGAUAUAGAAGAAGUGCCAAGAGUUCUGCAAACGACAUCAUCCACGUACCUUCGCUCUGGAUCAUGAAUAUCGGAAGGCAUGCUGUCGUCACCUGUGGUCACCGUCCGUUCGUGUCUGAGCUCGGGAAAUUGAUCCGCGUCGCCAAAGAAGAUGUCAAGUCACUAAAAGCGUCGUCACCCGUUGCAUUUGGUGAUGCCGCAGCUCCAGGUGUACGAAAUGUCAGACUUAUGGAUCACAAUGGACACGUACUCUUGUACCCGCUGAGCGAGUGUCGGAGCUACUUUCAACUCGAGCAAAAGGUGCGGGAGCUGAUCCCUUUGGGCUACGGCGUCACGCGUGAUCGCUUCCAGCUCAGAUAUACCAGUAGGCCCGUCACUCCAGACUCUCAACCAGUCAUCCGGAAGCUACUUCCACGCCAGUGGAAGGACUUGAUCAACGAUGGGAACCAUAUCUUCAUUGACGUCUCGAUAUCGAUGCAGGAAGACAAGGAGGAAGAAGCCGAAGAUGAACUGCAUACCUCAGUCUCGAAUGCUACCAUUCCGAAGUCGCUAGUCCCACCUUUCUCUGAAUGGAAAUUUGGAGCACACGUUGACGGGGCUGUCGCGGUCCAACACACAUAUAACGAGGUGUUUGGAAACAUACGGCGAAAGAGGGUUAGGGAUUACUUCGAGGAUGUAGGGUCUGCAUUGGUUCAAAAGUACGGCGACCAGGCUAUUCCCGGCGUGACAUUCGAACAACUCCGAAUCGGUGUCGAAUUGUUGCUUCAUGCAACAAGAGCAAAAGAUGAUGCCAGCCGGAAAACGUUGCAUGAGCUCAUAGUAUAUGACCAGAUAUCCAGUAUUAUCAUGGCAUUCUCCAAGCUGGUCGGCAUUGCUCAACAGCUCAGCAGGCUCUUCGUUGCAGAUGUCAAUCACACACCAUUCCGGAGGGUAUGGGGAAGUAUAAGCCGCAUACGCGAGCUCAUUGAAGAGAUUGAAAAACGUGGUUCUGCCGGCGUGGAGGCCGGGAGACCCUGGGAUUGGACCAUUCGCCUGCCUGACCCGGAAGCGGAUUCCAAACCGUCUGCAUCUGAUUGCGAUCUCUUCGUUUCACGUAUCGUGUCCGGCGAUUGGAAUGCGUCAAGCUUCUCGAAAACGCUCAGGAACGCCAUUGAAAGCUGUCCUUGUUGCAUACGAGGUGAGACCUACCAAACCCAGCAAUCGGCGCUCUACCAUCUGCGAGGACAUUUUCCUCAGACUGGCGCGAGGAAUGCUCCAGGUGACCUGUUUGAUGCCAAGGAGCAAAUAGGUAUUGAAUGGCUGCGCACCGAAGAACAGGUUAUUGUUGAAGAAAGCAACCGUCAAUGUUUGUCAAUACUCAACAGGGCUGUUUUCCACAGCAAGGGCUUUGUCAAUCAACUCAAGGAGCUCGCCGAUGGUGUUCAACAAGAAGAUGGAGAGAUUUUUUCGGCUUACUCGUUCGCAACGGGGCUGGUAGAUACACUGGAGGAAAUCGCAGGAUACUACAUUCUAGCAGGACAAUCGCUGUAUGACUCGUCAUAUCAGACUUAUGCGCAAAAUGGCCAUAAGUUAGUGUGGGUCUUGCGUUCCCGUUCCACGGCUUCCAGUCGAUUGGCUGCCCGUCUACGAAGUUUGAAUCGGAGAUCAGAAUGGGUCAGCGAUUCCAUACUAACGGCGCGCAAACAAUUGUGCAGCAUGGCAAGAUCUCAGGAUAGUUCUGGGAGAUGGUCCUUGCCUGCCGAGUAUAUCUGCUCCUGGGUCAUGCGACAUCUACUCCUCCGGCCAGUGAGUAAGAACAUGUCCGUCCUUGAGCUCUACCAAGAAUAUCUUUCGACACUCCAGUUCCAAGUGAACCAUCACCCGACCAAGAAGCUUCUACGAUCAACUCAUCUCCUACAAGAAGAAUUAUCUGCUCUUGAACAGGUAAAUUCCUGGCAAAUAAAGCUUGUGCAUGAUUAUUGCCGAGUCCUCGAUGACCGAACGUACCAGAGCAAGAGCCGCUAUCAAUCUGCGGUGUACGCUCAUGUAGCACCAUUGCUUACUUCCUGUCUGGAGUACCUUACCGACAUCCAUGACGACUAUGGAUACCUUGAAAGACGCUGCGGCCCGCUGUCAGAGGCUAUCAAACAGUCUGCUGAAAUCAAUGCGGAGGACCAUGGCAAGGCUAUUCUCGUGUUUACUCUAGUGACGACCAUCUUUCUUCCUCUGUCAUUCGUCAGUUCAUACCUUGGCAUGAACACGUCCGACAUUCGCGACAUGGAAGACAAGCAGACGCUCUAUUGGCAGAUUGCGAUUCCGCUUACUGUAUUCACGAUCGUAGUCAUGCUCAUAAUCGCCUACAAAGGCGACUAUAUUCGGAGCCAGGCGUCCAGCAUUUACCAUGGCCUGAAUGGCAAGCAGGAUACUAGUAUACGUGGAAUUAGCGUUGCGCAAAGGAAGCGUGCGACAAGAGAUCAAAUGGAAUUAACUUCUACGACCGGAUACACUUCGCUAGCUGGAAGCUCCGCGUUCGCGCCUUAUGGUCUACAUAAACAUAUAACGCGAUCCACCAGUGUCUAUCACCAUAAGGAUCCUGAACAUUACACUGCAUCGAGAAAUGCCGGGAAUCCUUAUCAUAGCUCGAGAGACGCCCAACAAAGUUUUCCACCCCCCUCAGCGCCCAUAUUUCCGCCAGGUCCACCUGCACAAUAUACCAACCGACAAACACCACAACAGUCUCCGGUUGAUAGGUAUCGAUAUCCACAGGCUUCGGUUGAACCGCCCAAGGAACAUGACUCCUAUGGUUAUUCCAUGUACGAUAAGGGGAUCCCUCCGACGACUCGUCCCCGCCGGCGACCCUUAGAUAUAGCAUCUCAGUACCACAACCAUUCGGGCCCUCGAGACUUCCGUUACAGCCACCGCCAAUUGGCAGGACACCAAGACACCUAUGGAGAUGCCCGGACAACCCAUUGGGCUCCCCAAGUGUACCCUUACGAUCCAGCUCUAGGCUACAAUGACAAUACUGAAACGAACCCCUUCGCUCCUCUCGAUAGGCGCGCCUCGGAACACAUGAGAUCUCUGAGCACUCUUUAUCCUUACGGUAUCAAUCCCUUCGCUCUCGGAAACAAUGUUUCUGCUCUCGUGCCUGGACCAUAUGAUCACUAUCCAGACCACAAACAAGACGAAUGGCAUUCCUAUGGAGGUACAGCUGCGCCUCACCAUUCCACUAUGGAGCAUGGCGUGAGCACCUUUGCGCCUCCGGCCUCCAACGCAAGGGCAAGGGCAAGGGCAAGGUUUCAUCGCCGCGAUGUAGAUGCGGAUAACAUUAGCGUUCUAUGAUUUCACACGGAAGUACGAUUCCAGUGACCCAGAUUACUGCUGCAUCUUAGUGCACCCAACAUAUUGGAAAAAGCCG